AUGGACGAUGAUGUACCUGACACCAGCUCGGAAGAAGGCAGCAUUGAUGUGGGGAAUGAUGAACCGACGGGCGGCAGCUUCGGGGCGGAGUACCAGUGGUGUGGAGAGUGGAGGGUCAGGGCUGCGGCGCUGCAGGCGGCCGAGGGGAGAGUCGCCACGUGCGUCCGCAGGGCUUCAAAUGAUCAAGCGCUGGUGAGUACAUUUUUCAUAUAG